CGAAUAGUUUUUAUCCAAUGUUUUAUUUUUAUUGGUUGGUAACGAAUUUAAACCAGUGAAGCCAGGUUUUGUAACAUUUCAACGCCUUCUGUCGAGCCCAGCAUGCCUCGCACACAACAAAAUUUACGCGUCGGUGAGUGGGAAAACCGAAAGAAGCCGAGGGAAGUCGAGAUAGCUGCGCGACAGAGGAGAAAUAAUACCCCCACCACGCGCCGCGAAGAAAUACAUGGACACAAACACAUUUGAACAAUGUGUAAAACAAUGUGUAUUGUGUCCAUGUAUUUCUCCGCGGCACAUGGUAGGAGUAUUAUUUCUCCUCUGUCGCGCAGCUAACCUCGGCUUCCCUCGGCUUUUUUCGGUUUUCUGACACACCGACACGUAAAUUUUGUUGUGUGCUGGGCUCGAGAGAAGGGGUCGAAAUGUUCCGCGAUCUGGCUUCACAGAUUUAAACGUAAACUGACAAAGUUAAGAGUACAUUUCUGAAGUAAAAUAAAGUAAAUAGCUCUUUCACUUACAAAACGUUUUCUGUACAGUAUAUAAGGAUUAUAUUUCUUCAGUUUUCAUACAACAAUAGAAGAUAAAGAAAACAUUAAAGAAUAAAGAAAAAAGUUUGUUUUUAUAAAAGUUUCAUUAGAUAAUAGAAUUAAAUAUAAAUUAUUAAAAAUGGCUAGAAGAACUUUAACAAAUAUAGUGAUAGAUUCAAAUAAGACCGAUGUUCCAACCGUCUCUUCUCCAUUGCGUAGAAAAACGAUAAACAUAACAACAAGAGUGUCACCUUUGGUAGAAAAUGAUGAUGAAACAGAACGCUUAGCUUUGAGACGUAAUGUUACUCCAAGUACAUCAAUUAAUACAUCUAAUGAAAGAAGACAAUCGUUAGGCAUAAGCUCUUUAGCACAAAUGCCAGAAACUAAAAUGACCGAGCUCAUAUCUGAAUAUAUCAAAUUGAGUACUGAAAAUAAAAUCAAUCCUAAAAAUGCAUUUAGUUUAAAAAUGAUUGAUUAUAUGACGUACAUGGUUACUAAAAGAUAUUCAGAAAUGACUAAUUUGCAAAUGGCUAGCACAUCGUUGGAUGUAUGUGCCAAAAUUUAUGGGUAUCGCAUUGACGGUAUGUACACAGACGUUUUAAAAAUGGUUGGUGCAUUGGAUAAACAAAAGGAGGAUAAUUCAACUGAUAUGGAAAUAGCACAGUCUAACAAUGAUUCAGAUGGAGAAGAAGAAGAAGUAAAAAGUCAAACGAAGAAAAAAAAGAAAAAAGGAAAACAAAAGAUUCUUAGUACAGAUGAUGCAUUAAGUGGAACAAUAGAAACAAUGGUACCCUCGCGAAUGACUGUAGGAAAAGGAGAUUUAUGUUCGUCUGAUAUGCUCUACCAAAUAGUGUUACCGCAUCUUGCUAAUUCAGGCUUUUAUCAUAAUAUAUGCAAUGAUAUUAUUUUAGAUCAAUUAAAUGAAACAAAUGAAAAUAAUGAAAAUUGUCCUACUUAUACUAUAUCAAAGAUAGAUGAUAUUUCUCAGUUAGAUCUGUUUCCGAGCAUGCCUGAUUUUCAAUUUUUAAGAUGGUCAUURGAAGAUGAAGAAGAWAUCAUAGAGCCUGUACAAGAAAACAAUGAAAAUCAACAAUUUCAUUUUGAUCUUGAUGCCAGUGUACCUUCUGCAGAUGAAGAGUAUUUUGAAGAAGCGAAUUAUUAUCAAAUGGAUACAGAUACAAAUGAUAAAAAUAUGUGUGAGAGAAAUCCGAAACAAACGGAAAAUAUAGUAGAUUUUCGUAAAAUUAUGACCGAACAAAUAAUGCAAAAUGAGGAAAUGCCAGAAUAUUCUUUCUUAAAUAAAAAUAUGAAUUCAAUUCAUUGGGCAGGACCUUCUUAUUGGAAACAUAAAGGUCUAAAAACAUUGUUAAGUAGUAGCAAAGUAGUAGAAACUUGUCAACAUACUGCACGUAAGAAGAGAAAAGAAUUUGAACUUUCAUUCACGAACGAAAAUAAAUCUGUAUUGGAUCAAAAGUUUGAAUGUAGCAGAGUGAACAAAAUAAAAUUGAUAACAGCAAGAGACAAUUGGACGGAGGAGAAAAUAACAUUACCGGAAGAUAUGCAUUACGAUAUUACAAAAUUAACUAAAUUAUAUCUUUGUCCUUCAAUCUCUUCGUAUCCUAACUCAGAAGGUCCACUAAAUUCAACACAACUGCCUGAAGAUAUAGAAGAUUAUGAUUAUAACAAUGAUAAUGAUGUAUCUAACUUUUGUCCUGGUAUAGAUGUCGAUUGCGAUGCACAAGAUAGAAAUGAUUCAGAUGAAAAUCCAAUAGAAAAUCCGAUACCAUUUACUAAUGAUAAUUUGGUAACAGCACCUACAUUAAUUAAUAAAAUUAUUGCGAGGUAUCCUACACGUGCUAAAAAAAUUGACAUGCAUCAAUUAAAGAAAACAAUAUGGAAAGCUUUUUCGGAAAAGAAAACUGAUACUGAUAAUAAAGAAGAAACGCAGGAAAAUGAUCGAACUAGUGGCUCCAUAAAUUUCAGCGACAUUUAUAAAACUUUACCUGCUGAACUUUCUCAAUGUAAUGCUGAAGCAUUAAGCGUUCCCAUUGCAAUAGUAUCACUGCUUCAAUUAGCCAAUGAAACAUCUUUAAUGCUCUCUUCUACUUCAGAUGGUUCAGAUAUUAUUAUGCAAGAAGAAUGAUUUUUAAGUAAAGAAUAUUGAUAAGUAAUUGUAGGAAUAUUGAUUUUUAAAUAUGUAUUUUUUAAUUAAAAUAUAAUAUUGUACAUCUGUUGCCAUAUUAAAAGUAAAAAUGUUUAAUAUAUUUUUAAUAAAUGACUAAUACAAUUAAAAUUGAAUUAAGUAUUAAUUUCAAUAAUGAUGCUAAAAUACAUUUUUUAUGAAAACUAAAGUGACUUCUGUAAAAACCAUCUGCUGACAGAUUAUCUAGAGUGUCUAAUUAAACUCAAAGAAUAUAGAAUUAUAUAGAUCAUCAAAAGUGCACAAUACGAGUAAAAAAAUUCAUCUUAGUUAGUACCGGGAUCAC